AAAAAGAAGAGGCUCCAGGUUGACAAAUGGUGGGGGAACAGAAAGAAACUGGCUACCGUUCGGACUAUUUGUAGUCAUGUACAGAACAUGAUCAAGGGUGUUACACUAGGCUUCCAUUACAAGAUGAGGUCUGUGUAUGCUCACUUCCCCAUCAACGUCGUUAUCCAGGAGAAUGGGUCUCUUGUUGAAAUCCGAAAUUUCUUGGGUGAAAAAUACAUCCGCAGGGUUUGGAUGAGACCAGGUGUUGUUUGUUCAGUAUCUCAAGCCCAGAAAGAUGAAUUAAUCCUUGAAGGAAAUGACAUUGAGCUUGUUUCAAAUUCAGCGUCUUUGAUUCAGCAAGCCACAACAGUUAAAAACAAAGAUAUCAGGAAAUUUUUGGAUGGUAUCUAUGUCUCUGAAAAAGGAACUGUUCAGCAGGCUGAUGAAUAAGAUCUAAGAGUUAUCCAGCUACAGAAAGAAGAUGCCA